GGGCGCGCGCGCCGAAUCGGCUCGAACCUCCACCACUCCCACACACUCCCUUCACUCGGGGCAUUCCCAGCCUCGGCGAAGCAGAGCAAGUGCUCCGGCAGCCAUGAAGCGGACCAGAGCGCAGCAGCCCAAGGUCGAGGACACGCAGGACGCCGGCACCGCCGCGAGCGCCGGCAACCCGGCCAAGCCACUGCGCCGGGCCAAGCAGCCGCGGCAGCCCAAGGCGGGCGCCGCCAAGAAACCCUCCGCGGCGACGGCGCGCGCCGCGGCGGUCGCCGCCGCCGCCGCGGCUAAUGCAGCUUCGGCCGCGCCCUCGCCCGGGCCGGAGUCGGCGCAGACCGUGCCGGACGCGUGCGCCGCCGCCGGGGAGGGCGCGCGCCCCGUGGACUGGGACCUCGACGCCGGGCUCGACGCGGCGGCGUGGUCGUCGUGGGGCGUCGACGAGGAGAAGCUGCUCGGGUGGUUCCCGUUCGUCGAGGAGGACUUCCGGUGCGCCGGCGGCCGCGCCGGCGACGCCGAGGUGGCCGCGUUCGACCACGACAUCUGGAGCAUUUGGUGAAACCUGGGCGCAAGGAUAGGGCCGGACGCCGCCGGAGCUAGCGCCGCUGCUUCUGCUCGUCUUGCUCCGGCCGGGGUGGUGUUCCGGUACUGGAACGCGGGAAUGGCGGCGGUGGAGAAAUUUGUAGGCGAGGUAGCUAGGAGACUCGUAGUGUAAGCUAGGCAAGGUUCAGACGUUCAGGGAUGGAAUCCCAAGUGCUCUUCGUUGCUCCAUUGAUAGAGCUCCGUGCCUCUCUCCGCCCUGCUUGGUACGGCCCCAUUUGGUUGUGCCGCGGUGCGUUGAGCACGAACCGGAUCGAAAAUUCGCAGCUCGUGGUUAGGGGUGGCAUUUCACGGUGAACUGAAGUUUUUGCUUGCGACCAAACUCUUGGAGACCGAAAUGCCCAUGUUCUUGCAGGUCAUGAUAGGUUUCUUUAUCGGUGGAAUUUGCAACUGCCCAGAUACUGGGAGCUUGCCCAUUUGCUCACUACAGUACUCGAGUUCCCAUCAGCGAGUUGCUUUCGCGCCCAUUAUAAAAUGGGGAAAUUUGUCUG